UAUUUCCAAUCCAUACAAUCAAACACACGGGGUAGCUGCCGAUAGAGUGAGCUACACUCGCCGUCUUCCUCCACCCUCAUUUUCACUACCCACUUAGUUAAUGGAGCUCCACCUCCUCCGCUCCACUGUUUCCACCCCAACUCUGUACCCUGACCGCACCCACAAGCCAAACCCACCAAUCCGGUGUCUCAGUUCAUCAAAACGGAGCUCCGGCCCGAAGGAACUCUCUCGGAUUCUGAGAACCGAGGCUGCUGUUAAAAACAUUGAGAGGAAAGCAAACUCCAACAAGUACAAUAACCUUUGGCCAAAGGCUGUCUUGGAGGCCUUGGAUGAGGCUGUUGCCAACAAUCUCUGGGAGACUGCUCUUAAGAUAUUUGGACUACUGCGUAAGCAACAUUGGUAUGAGCCAAGAUGCCAAACUUACGCUAAAUUGUUCAUGAUGCUUGGAAAGUGUAAGCAACCUGAGCAGGCUGGCUUACUUUUCGAGCUCAUGUUAACUGAUGGGCUCAAACCAACUGUUGACGUCUACACAGCUCUUGUUAGUGUUUAUGGCAAAAGUGGCCUCUUUGACAAGGCAUUCUCUACUGUUGAUGAUAUGAAGUCAAUUUCUGACUGCAAACCAGAUGUAUAUACAUAUUCAAUUCUUAUAAAUUGCUGCACCAAAUUCAGUCGCUAUGAUCUGAUUGAGCAAGUUCUGGCUGAAAUGUCAUAUCUGGGAAUUGGAUGUAACACAGUCAUAUACAAUACUCUUAUCGAUGGAUAUGGUAAAGCUGAGAUGUUUGAACUGAUGGAGGACUCAUUGACAGAUAUGAUUGAAAGUGGCAGCUGCCUUCCUGAUGUUUUCACAUUCAAUUCUUUUCUUGGCGCUUAUGGGAAAAGUGGGCAGAUAGACAAGAUGGAGAAGUGGUAUGAUGAAUUUCAGCUAAUGGGAAUAAAGCCAGACCUUAAGACAUUUAAUGUCCUGAUUAAAUCAUAUGGGACAGCAAGAAUGUAUGAAAAGAUGGGAUCUGUUAUGGAGUUUAUGGAGAAAAGGUAUUUCACCCCAACUGUUGUUACUUAUAACAUAGUAAUUGAGGUAUUUGGGAAAGCUGGAAAUAUUGUGAAGAUGGAGGAAUACUUCAGAAAAAUGAAGCACCAAGGAAUGAAGCCUAGCUCUAUUACUUAUUGUUCCCUCGUUAGUGCGUACAGCAAAGCUGGGAAUAUAAAUAAAGUUGAUUCCAUUUUGAGGCAAGUAGAGAAUUCAGAUGUUAUACUUGAUACAGCUUUUUUCAACUGCAUUAUUAGUGCUUAUGGUCGGGCUGGUGAUAUAAAUAAGAUGGGUGAAUUAUUUUUGACCAUGGAAGAGAAAAAAUGUGUUCCUGAUCAUAUCACCUUUGCUACCAUGAUCCAAGCCUGCAAUGCACUAGGCAUGACUGCAGCUGUCGAAGAUUUAAAAAACAGGAUGAUUACCACCAAUGACAGUUCAGGCACAAGGUUGAUUGGAUUCUAGUAUCUUCAUAGUGUUGAAGAACUAUCUUCAAAUAAGCAAAUGCAAACUUCCAGAAUGGUCAAAACUUGGACAAAAUUGUGAUAGCUUGUCCAUUGUCCACUUUUAUAGCAGGUUUUCAGAUGAUUUGGAAAGAGAAGUACUGUGCAAGAAACUAAUUUGGGGAUGUUUUAUCGCCCAUGGCCAAGCCAAUAGACGUAGUAAAAAAAAGGAGGCCUUAGUUGAUAACCACAUCGGUAUAUCAUGCAGAAUGGGACCUUGAAGCAUAGACCAUCUUUAGACUAAAGAAACAAGCAGUAUAGACUAUAGACCAUAUGUUUUUCCGUCACCUUAUUACUCUAAAACUUUGGCACAGUCUGUUUUCGAAAGUGAAUCUGAUAUGGGUGAUCCCAGAAUUAUAAAUUUCCAUGUCUAUUGAGAAGCAUUUUUCGUUUGCAAGGGAGAAGAGCAAAUAUAUGUGGUUGUAUGAUGGCCAUUUUGUGGUUAAUGUAUGCAUUACACCAUUGCCCUCUAAAGCUUUGGGACAAGCUUUGGAAGCUCAUUGAUACAAGCGAUCAGAAUCUGUGGAGAAGCAUUUUGAGUUUGGAAGGGGAGAAAAGCAAAAAUUUGACUUUUAUUAUUGUAGGGAAGCAUUUUGAAGAAGAGGAGAGCAAAAAUAGCAAUGCUGUGGUGAAUGUGGAUGGAAUGAAACAGGAGGAUUUUUAUUUUUUGAAGCCGACAGUUUAUGUGGCAGAGUUCGCCUUUGAUGGCUUCAGUUUCAGCUAAAAAUCAGAAUGUAAAAUUUUUCUUAUUUCAUUUGGAUUCGAAGGUGGUAGUGUCUUUGGAUUUUCUCUUGUUUUGCAGUUAUAGGAGUGUGGUUUUACUUUAUAAGCUACUCUGGAUCGACGUUCUUGUGUGUUCUCCAAGCAUGCUUGAACUACAUCUCAGAUAAAUAUCUAUGAUUCUUUUACUCCA